AAAAAUUGUGGGGACAGAUAAAAAAGGGUAUUAUGUCGACUAUUUAAAGUGUAAAAUUUAAUAUUAUAAUAAUCAUUAAGCAAUUGUGUUCUUAAGUGUCGUCAAAACCAACUAGAGUUCAUCAUGCAGUGCCUUUCUGUAGUGCUAGUUGUAACUGCUUUCGUUUGCAUGACAUUCGCCGACGAUUUAGCUAAACCCACAGACUACAAAUUCUCAUAUGGCGUCAGUAACCCAGCCUCUGGUGACCAUAAAGAUCAAGCAGAAGUAAAAAACGGCGACUUUGUCACCGGUUUCUACCGUACCUUGGAUGCCGACGGUUUGAUACGUACAGUCAACUAUCAUGUUGAUCCUCUCCACGGUUUUAACGCUGAUGUUGUCCGUGCCCCAGCUAGUGAUGUUGUUCCAGUUGUCAAAUCUAUAAUCUCUGAACCCGUUAUUGCCAAGUCUGUCAUCCCUGAACACGUUAUUUCCAAGACUGAAGACGUUCCAGAAUCAAUCGAGAUCAAACCAGUUGAUUUUGAAUUAGCUAAGGCUGCUGUUUUGCCCAAAGUUAUCGCUCCUCACUCUUCAUACUACCCGUACUAUUACUUUAACGGACUUCCAAUCCAAAAAGCUGCCCUCAAAAGCUGGUAUGACUCUUACCCUUACUACUCUGGAUUGUCAUUCCAAAGAAAUUGGUUAAACAGCUGGUAUGGAUCUUACCCAUACGGAUACACAACUUUCGCUAAAUAGAUUCGAUAUUAAUUCACAUACAAAAAUUAAGAAAACACAUUUCAAUGUAAAAAAAAAAAUGUAUAAUAAUAUUUACUCGUAAUUACACUUGUUAUGUAUAA